AUGGAUUCUGGUAAUAGUGGAAGUAUCUCUUCUAGUGGUGAUGAAGAAUAUGAUUCACGGGCUGAUCACACAGUACUCUCUUCACCCUUCCUCAAUAAUAAUCCUACCCAAUUUGGUUCCAUCUCACACCCACAAUCUUCCCUUGUUUCUUCUCAUCAUCACCAUCCCUCUUUGUUUGAUCUUUCAUCAAGCUACCUCCACACUCUCUCUCACUCCCAACCAAACUCAAAUCCAAAUUCUUUUCUAAAUUUGGAUACCGGUACUACUUCUCAAGGCCGAAGAUCCGAACCUGAUUGCACCGAUCCAGCAGGAGUUGUUUCACCAUCAUCAACACCAACAGCAUCAGGGAUAAACCAAUAUUUGUUUUCUCCUCAAGGCCUUCACCAAGGUGCCACGGACCCAUCACUUCAAUUACGCUCAGUUCAUGAUGACAAUGCAAGAGUGCUUUCAUCACCAACCAAUGCAGCACGCAACUCAAAGAAGCGAACCAGAGCUUCAAGAAGAGCACCAACAACAGUUCUCACCACCGACACCUCCAAUUUCAGAGCCAUGGUUCAAGAGUUCACUGGAAUCCCUGCACCACCCUUCUCAGGCUCAUCUUACUCUCGCAGGCUCGAUCUUCUCACAGCCUCAUCCUCCUUAAGGUCAAGUUCCUCUCACUUGGAGACAACGGGUUCUUUUUACCCUCUCCGUCCUUCACCACAAAAGCUUCAUCAUCCAAACCCGUUUCUCUUAUCUUCCUCAUCACCUUCUCCUUCAACGUUGUUGCACGGUAAUAUGGUUGAUGCUAUAGCAUCCACAACAAAUAUUACUUCCUCUGCCACUACCAACAACUCCUCAUCUAGUAACUCCAUUAACUACCAACUACCUCCUGAUCUGGGUCUACCCUAUCACCACCAACAAAGCAUCAUGCUAGGCAUGCAAAAUCAUCAACCUAUUCUCACAUUCAACCCUACACAACCUCUUUAUCCUUUUGGCAACCAUCUCCCUGCAGGGUUUAGUACUUCAAAGUCCCAGGCAAGUUUGUCCGUACCAUCGCUUGAGGAUCUUGAUAUGAGUCAUGGCCAAGUGAAUGCGCAUCUUGUUGCUGGUGGUGUAUCGGUUCCAACGGGUCAUGGCCAUGUAACUUCUGAGGGCAUGUCUCAGAAGAGUGCCAGUGCCAGCGAUGAUGGAAGCAUAGUUGGAGGACCGAAUGGUGGAGGUAGGAGAGAUCCCUGCAAGCUGAACUUUUCAACUUCUGCUUCAAGCAACUUGAACCAUGAGAAGAGUACCUUAGAGAAUAACUCUACUAGAGGAGGUGAAGGUAACGUUGAUUCGUGGAUUUGUUCUUCUGAUUAG